AUGAUGGCCAGCGCGGCAGGCCAGACUCUCGAAGCAGUCGAGGCCGAGGUUGCAGCGCAGAGCGCGCUCUUCACCGAGCUCCGUAAGACCAAGGGUGAUAGCCCGGAGGUCGAGGACGCGAAGAAGAAGCUCGGCGAGCUCAAGCGGAACCUCGCGAUCAUGAAGAGCGCCGCGAGCGGUGGUGUCAAGGAGAAGAAGCGGGAACGCAUGCUCCUCAAGACCCCAAAGGGCACCCUCGACUAUGGCCCCGAGAAAAUGUUCUGCAAGGAGCACAUCGAGCGGAUAGUCAAGGAGGUAUUCACCACCUACGGCGGAAGCCAGCUCGACACUCCGGUCUUCGAACGCAAGGAAGUCCUCACCGGUAAGUACGGUGAGGACCAGAAGCUCAUCUUCGACCUCAAGGACCAGGGCGGAGAGGAGCUCGCCCUGCGCUACGACCACACCGUGCCCCUCGCCCGCUGGCUUGCCAUGUCCGGCGGAAUCACCACCCAGUCCAAGCUCUGGCAGGUCGGCAAGGUCUACCGGAGAGACAGCCCGGUGGUGAGCAAGGGGCGUAUGCGCGAGUUCUCACAGGCGGAUUUCGACAUCGCGGGUCCAUUCGACUCGAUGAUUCCGGACGCGGAAAUCAUCAGCUUGAUUUGCACCAUUCUGUCACGGUUGGACGUUGGCGAGUUCACGAUUAAGUUGAACCACCGCAAAAUUCUGGACGGCAUCUUCGAGGUGUGCGGCGUGCCCACAGACAAGAUCCGGAGCAUUUCCUCCGCGGUCGACAAGCUCGACAAGUCACCGUGGUCGGAAGUGAAGCGCGAGAUGACGGAGGAGAAGGGCCUCGACCCCGCCGUCGCCGACAAGAUCGGCGAGUACGUCAAGCACAAAGGCGGCGCGGCGCUCCUCGACACGCUCAAGGCGGACGCGCCGCUGAUGGCGAACAAGAGCGCACAGGCGGGCAUCGCGGAGAUGACGACGCUGUUCACCUACCUGGCCGCGUACCAGGUCCUCGACCGGCUCUCGUUCGACAUGUCCCUCGCGCGCGGGCUCGACUACUACACCGGCAUCAUCUACGAGGCCGUCGUCGAGGCCUCCGCUCCACCGGCUUUCAAGGCCAACGCCCUUGCUCCCGCGUCUUCUGCCGACCCCGACGCUGCCCCCGCACCUGCGGCGAAGAAGGACAAGAAGAAGAAGGCGAAGACGGAAGAGGACGAGGACGAGGAGGUGGACGAGUCGCAGGUCGGCGUCGGCUCGAUCGCCGCGGGGGGCCGGUACGACAACCUGGUCGGCAUGUUCACCGCCGCUGCGGCCGCGGAGGGCAAGAAGGCGCCGGGGCUCCCGUGCGUCGGGGUGAGCAUCGGGAUGGACCGCAUCUUCGCGCUCGUCUGGCCGACGUGGGGCGCGAAGGGCAUGCGGAGCAAGGAGACGAUGGCGUACGUGAUGGCCGCCGGCGACGGGCUGCUCGCGGAGCGCGUCGCGCUCGUGCGCGAGCUCCGCGAGGGCGGGAUCAAGACGGACUUCACGUUCAAAGCGAAGCCGAAGCUCGCCGCGCAGUUCGACGCGGGCGAGCGCGACGAGGUCCCGUUCGCGAUCAUCAUCGGCGCGGACGAGGUCCGGGACGGACUCGUCAAGGUCAAGGAGCAGCGGUGGGAGAUCGUCGACGGCAAGAAGACGAAGAUCGAGUCGAGCGAGAAGGGCGUCACCGUCACGCGCGCCGAGCUCGUGCAGUGGAUCAAGGACAAGCCCGUGUACAAGGAGUGGUCCACGGGCAAGCUCAUCGCGUGA